UUUCCCGCUGCAGCUGGCAGAGCUGCGCUGACACCAUUAGCCGAGGGCGGUGUCACUUUCCCAUCCUUGCCAAAGGUGAGUGCAGGGAUGCCAGGGAUGCCGAGCAAGUCAGAGAGUGAACAGGUUGAGGUCAGGUGAGUGCCCGGGGCGGGCAGGGCGGUGAAGACAAACCCUGGCAGAGCAGCAGCUGCUGCUGAGAACUGUGCGCAGGAAUGGAAAAAUUAAGCAGAUUUCCGCAACUGCCAAGCCCGAUUGUUAACUCCCGUGUGAGCACAAGGCGCACCGAGGCCUGGGGCUCUGCUAGGAGGGAUUUGUGUGAGUAGCACCUAAACCACAGAUCACGUGGAGGCCCUUCCGCCCUCGCCCUGCUCGGAGCGGGGCAGCGGGGCCAGGCACGGGGCUCGGCAUACCCGGGCAUGGCACAGCGCUCACCCUGAGCCUGGCACGGCACAGAGCUCACCCUGAGCCGGGCACGGGGCUCGGCAUACCCGGGCAUGGCACAGCGCUCACCCUGAGCCUGGCAUGGCACAGCGCUCACCCUGAGCCGGGCACGGCACAGCACUCAUCCCGAACCCCAGGAGCUGCCCUGAGCCUCGCACGGCGCAGCAUUCACCCUGAACCUGGCACAGCGCUCACCCUGAGCCCCGGGAGCUGCCCCACGCCCGGCCAAGGCACAGCGCUCGCCCAUAGCUCGGCACGGCACGGCGCUCACCCUGAGCCCGGCACUGCGCACCCCGAGCCCCGCAUGGCCCUGCGGCGGCUCCUGCAGCCCAGCUCCAGCUGCAGCUCCUGCGAGGAGCCGGCCCCGCCCGCGGACGGCAGGAGGAUGCAGCACCUGGCCAGCACGGUGGGCACGCUGCCCCGCGGCCGCAGGCAGCUUGCCCUGUCCAGAUCCAUCUCCUUGGGCGACCCCACCAAGCCACAGAGGAACUCCGUUUCUAUAUUAAAAGAAGAUAAAGAGACGUUUGGGUUUGAAAUCCAGACCGUCAGGUUCCCACACCAGAAUGAUUUCUCCCUGGAGGUGUGCACGUGUGUCUGCAGGAUCCAGGAGGAGAGCGCUGCCCACCGCUCUGGCCUCCAGACUGGUGACAUCCUCACCUGUAUCAACGGCGUCAACGUCGAGGGCUUUGGGCACAAGCAAAUAGUGGACUUGAUAAAGUCUUCAGGGAACUACUUGAGGUUAGAGACUGUCAACGGGGCCUUCUUCCUGAGGAAAAUGGAGCUGGAGACCAAACUGCGGGCUCUCAAGCAGGCGCUGCACCAGCGCUGGGGAGAGCUGCGGGCGCUGCUGGCCCGGGAGCGGCUCCUGCUGCACGGGGAGGUGAACGACAACGCCCUGCUGGGCUCGCUGGAGCCGGUAGAGCCGGGCUCGGUUGGCGGCUGCAGCUCGCCGGGACCCUUCCUGCCGGGCAAUCCGCGCCUGUCCAGCGAGAGCAGCUCCCGCAGCCGGCUGAGCUCCAUGACGGUGGGCAGCGAGGACAGCUUCUACCAGGGCAGCGCCGCCGAGGACUGGGCUGCGGAGAGCCUGAGCCGGCAGUCCAGCCUGGACGAUGACUGCGUGUUCCGCAGGGACGGCAGCGGGGCCGCGGGCAGGGCCUCGGUGCGGCGGCACCGCAGCAUCAGCCUGGCCAGCAGCGGCUCCGCGUCCCCGCUCUGGGACAGCGGCAGCGGCUCCAGCGGCUUCGGCACCCUCCCGCGCAAGAGCCGCAGGGCCAGCGUGCGGAAACACCUCCUGAAAUUCAUCCCGGGCUUCCAGCGCGCCGUGGAGGAGGAGGAAAGCCGGGUCUGAUGUCACAGUGUCACCCUCGAUGGCCUGGGGCUGCCCCAUGGGGCACACGGCGGUGGCACCUCGGGGCACUCAGACAGCAGCUCUGAUCAGAGCCACACACCUCUGGGGUUUUAAUGAUUUUCGUUUUCAAUCAGAGCACGCUGCGGACCUCUUCUUCAUUAGCGUGAAAAAUGAGCGACUCCAAAAUGUGAAGAACCUUUGCAGAACUUCCUCAGCGAACUCUACUGUUAAUAACAGUUUUUAAUUGAAUGCGAAAUUGAUAGCUAUUUAUUUCCUGUUACCGGAGUCAGUGUCUUCCAAAGGUCUUUA